AUGGAGCGCGCCCGCAGGCUCGCCAGCCGUGCAAUACUCAACCGCCUCAUCGCCGGCGCCAAGCAAUCCCCUCCCCUCCCCUCCUCCCCUUCCCACUACCUCUCGCCAUUUGUCCGCCGAAACCCGGCCCAUCACCGCUAUACCCCGACACGACCCAUCUCAAUCGACGCACUGCGUCCUAGCGACACCUUCCCUCGCCGGCACAACUCCGCCCCACCUGACGACCAAACCCACAUGGCCGAAUCAGUCGGUUACCCAUCCCUCGAUGCUCUCAUUGACGCCACCGUCCCCAAAGCUAUCCGCAUAGCUCCCAUGGCGCUUCCCAAGUUCGACGCAGGCCUCACCGAGAGCCAGAUGACCGACCACAUGAAGCGGUUAGCAUCCUUGAAUCGCGUCUUCAAAUCUUUCAUCGGCAUGGGAUAUUAUGGCACUCAUGUUCCUCCCGUCAUCCUCCGCAACAUCAUGGAGAACCCCGGUUGGUACACCCAAUACACUCCUUACCAGGCCGAGAUCGCCCAAGGCCGCCUCGAAUCCCUCCUCAAUUACCAGACCAUGAUAUCAGAUCUCACGGCUCUCCCCAUGUCGAACGCCUCACUCCUUGACGAAGGCACCGCUGCCGCCGAGGCUAUGGCGAUGUGCAACAACAUCCUUCGCGGUAAGAAGAAAACGUUCAUCAUCGCAUCCAACUGUCAUCCCCAAACCAUUGAUAUUUGCCGGACUCGUGCCGCGGGCUUCGACCUCAAGGUUGAGGUGGCUGACUUUCAAUCAAUCGAUUACCGAUCGGGCGACGUCUGCGGCGUGCUUGUUCAAUAUCCGGGUACUGAGGGGGAGGUGCUUGACUACUCCGAGUUCGUCAAUAAUGCCCACGCCCAUGGGGUGAAGGUGGUCAUGGCCACGGAUCUGCUCGCCCUUACCGUUCUCAAGCCUCCUGGUGAACUCGGCGUCGACAUCGUCGUUGGAUCCGCGCAGAGAUUCGGCGUCCCUAUGGGGUAUGGCGGCCCCCACGCCGCCUUCCUCGCAACCUCUCAGGAAUAUAAGAGAAUGAUGCCGGGGAGGAUUAUUGGAGUGAGCUUGGAUUCAAGUGGAAAACCGGCUCUUCGGAUGGCGAUGCAGACUCGCGAGCAGCACAUUCGCAGGGAUAAGGCUACCAGUAACAUUUGUACUGCUCAGGCGUUGCUCGCCAACAUGGCUGCAAUGUAUGCGGUUUACCAUGGCCCUGAGGGGCUGAAGGCUAUUGCGGAUAGGGUUCAUGGACUUGCUGGAGUUUUCGCCCAUGGAUUGAAGAAGCUCGGCACGGUUGAUGUUCAAGAGCUUCCUUUCUUUGACACUGUAAAAGUUAAGUGUGCCGAUGCUAAAGCCAUUGCAGAUGCUGCUUACAAGAAGGAGAUGAAUCUGAGGAUUGUGGAUUCUAACACGAUAACAGUGUCCUUUGAUGAGACAACAACCCUUGAUGAUGUGAAUAAGCUUUUUGAGGCUUUUGCUGGUGGAAAGUCGGUAAACUUCACUGCUGAAUCUCUUGCUCCAGACGUUCAGACUGCUAUCCCUCAGGGCCUUGUAAGAGAAAGCCCAUAUCUGACGCAUCCAAUCUUCAAUUCGUACCACACAGAGCAUGAACUGCUCCGUUACUUGCAUAGGCUCCAGGCAAAGGAUCUUUCACUAUGCCACAGCAUGAUUCCGCUUGGUUCUUGCACUAUGAAGUUGAAUGCAACAACAGAGAUGAUGCCUGUCACUUGGCCUGAAUUUGCAAAUAUUCAUCCAUUUGCCCCAACCGAACAGGCUCUAGGUUAUCAGGAAAUGUUCCAAGAUUUAGGCGAACUCUUGUGUACAAUUACAGGAUUUGAUUCUUUCUCCUUGCAACCAAAUGCUGGCGCUGCUGGAGAAUAUGCAGGGUUGAUGGUUAUUCGUGCUUACCAUUUGUCAAGAGGAGAUAGUCAUCGCAAUGUCUGCAUUAUACCUGUCUCAGCUCAUGGGACAAAUCCUGCUAGUGCAGCUAUGUGCGGUAUGAAAAUUGUUUCUGUUGGAACUGAUUCGAAGGGAAACAUUAACAUUGAGGAAGUAAGAAAGGCUGCCGAAGCCCACAAGAAUGACUUAUCUGCUUUGAUGGUUACCUACCCUUCAACGCAUGGAGUAUAUGAAGAAGGUAUUGAUGAAAUUUGCAAAAUAAUCCAUGAAAAUGGGGGUCAAGUGUACAUGGAUGGUGCUAACAUGAAUGCUCAGGUUGGAUUAACUAGCCCUGGUUGGAUUGGAGCAGAUGUUUGCCAUCUAAACCUCCAUAAAACGUUCUGCAUUCCACAUGGAGGAGGGGGACCUGGCAUGGGACCCAUUGGAGUAAAGAAACACUUGGCACCAUUUUUACCCUCACAUCCUGUGGUGUCAACUGGUGGAAUACCAACCCCAGAGAAGGUCCAGCCACUUGGAACCAUUUCUGCAGCUCCUUGGGGUUCUGCACUUAUCUUGCCCAUUUCAUAUACAUACAUUGCCAUGAUGGGAUCCAAGGGGCUUACGGAAGCAUCAAAGAUAGCUAUUCUAAAUGCAAACUACAUGGCAAAGCGUUUAGAGAAUCAUUACCCUAUUCUCUUCCGUGGUGUUAGUGGAACUGUUGCUCAUGAGUUUAUUGUGGACUUGAGAGGAUUUAAGCAAACUGCAGGCAUAGAGGCUGAAGAUGUUGCUAAGCGUCUAAUUGAUUAUGGAUUUCACGGACCAACAAUGUCAUGGCCCGUUCCAGGAACACUUAUGAUUGAACCCACUGAAAGUGAAAGCAAAGCUGAACUAGAUAGGUUUUGUGAUGCUCUUAUAUCCAUCAGAGAAGAAAUUCGAGAGAUUGAGAAUGGUAAAGCUGACAUCAACAACAAUGUCCUGAAGGGAGCUCCUCAUCCACCUUCAUUGCUCAUGGGUGACACCUGGACUAAGCCAUACUCGAGGGAUUAUGCAGCUUUCCCUGCUUCAUGGCUCCGAGGAGCCAAGUUCUGGCCAACCACAGGUCGUGUUGAUAAUGUAUAUGGCGAUCGCAAUCUCGUAUGCACGCUUCUUUCUGUUUCGCAAAUGGCCGAAGAACAAGCAGCUGCCACUGCAUAAACUGUGAAAUAUCCUCAUCGCAGACUGGUAUUCCUAAAACUGCACAUAAAUAUUAAUUUCCAGGAGUAUUCACUCACCUAUAUUCCUACAGUAAAUGCCAAAAGCGUUGCUUUCUGUAGCCCAGUUCAUCUUUAUUCCAGUCUUUUUAAUUUACUCCCAUGGAGAUACGAUUGAUUAAAGUACUUUGUAAAUUAUGUUCAACAAGCCUCUUUUAUUUUAUUUUAUUUAAAUUAAUUGAAAUAGUCUAAUUUAAGCA